GCGCCCGCCGCGCCCGUGAUUGGCUGCGUCUCCCCACGUGACGCUGAGCAGGCGGCGGCGGUUGCCGGGGCGACGGCUGGAGAGUUGGCGGCCCGGCGGGGCGGGUGCGGGUGCCCGCGGCAGAGCCCCAGAGAUUUUUGCUGUGAGAAUUAACAGUAACCUUUCAAUAUGGGGGAUAUCCUGGCUCAUGAAUCCGAAUUACUUGGACUAGUGAAAGAGUAUUUAGAUUUUGCUGAAUUUGAAGACACCUUGAAAACAUUUUCAAAAGAAUGCAAAACGAAGGGAAAAGCAUUACCCAAAACAGCAGGUAGCUCUUUAAGGGACUCCAAAUCAUCGAUAAUCCAGAAGGACCUCAUUGCUGCAUUUGACAACGGAGCCCAGAAGGUGUUCUUCGAUUUGUGGGAAGAGCACAUUCCCAGCUCCAUCCGAGAUGGUGACUCCUUUGCCCAGAGGUUGGAAUUCUACCUUCACAUCCAUUUUGCCAUCUAUCUUCUGAAACGCUCCGUGCGGAGACCUGACAAAGAGGAACUGGAUGAAAGGAUUUCUUAUUUCAAAACCUACCUGGAGAGCAAAGGGGCAGCUCUGAGCCAGACCACAGAGUUCCUCCCUUUCUAUGCGCUGCCGUUUGUUCCAAACCCUAUGGUGCACCCGUCCUUUAAAGAGCUCUUCCAGGAUUCUUGGAGUCCAGAAUUGAAGUUGAAGUUGGAAAAGUUUCUAGAUUUAAUUUUUAAAGCCAGUAACACGCCAAAGCUUUUAAUGUUAUAUAAGGAGAAUGGACAAAGUCACAAAGAAAUGUUGCAGCAGCUCCACCAGCAGCUGCUAGAAGCUGAGCGUAGGUCAAUGACAUACCUGAAACGGUACAAUAAGAUCCAGGCGGACUACCACAACCUCAUCGGGGUCACGGCAGAGCUGGUGGAUUCUCUGGAGGCCACGGUCAGUGGCAAGAUGAUCACUCCUGAGUACCUGCAGAGCGUCUGCAUCCGCCUCUUCAGUAACCAGAUGCGGCAGAGCCUGGCCCACAGCGUGGACUUCACGAGGCCCGGGACGGCUUCAACCAUGUUAAGAGCCUCCUUGGCACCCAUGAAACUGAAGGAUGUCCCACUGCUGCCCUCCCUGGAUUAUGAGAAGCUGAAGAGGGAUUUGAUUGUGGGGAGCGACCGCCUGAAAGCUUUCUUGCUGCAGGCUCUGCGCUGGCGCUUGACCACAUCCCAUCCCGGGGAGCAGAGGGAGACCGUGCUGCAGGCCUACAUCAGCAAUGACCUCUUGGACUGCCAGGGCCACAGCCAGAGCAGCGUGCUGCAGCUGCUGCACGGGAGGAGCGACGCGGUGCGCCAGUACAUGGCCAGGCUCAUCAACGCCAUCGCGUCCCUGGCAGAAGGUCGCCUCUACCUUGCCCAGAGCACGAAGGUGCUGCAGAUGCUGGAGGAGAGGCUGAAGGAGGAAGACAAGGACGUCGUCACCCGGGAGAAUGUGCUCGGGGCCUUGCAGAAGUUCAGCCUCAGGCGCCCGCUGCAGACAGCCAUGAUUCAGGAUGGCCUCAUCUUCUGGCUGAUCGACAUUCUGAAGGAGCCCGAUUGCCUGUCCGACUACACGCUGGAGUACUCGGUGGCUCUGCUCAUGAACCUCUGCCUCCGGAGUGCAGGGAAGAACAUGUGCGCCUCAGUGGCAGGCCUCGUACUGAAAGUUCUUUCGGAUCUGCUGGGCCAUGAAAACCACGAGAUACAGCCAUACGUGAAUGGAGCACUGUACAGCAUCCUCUCUAUCCCGUCCGUCCGUGAGGAAGCGAGAGCAAUGGGAAUGGAAGACAUCCUUCGCUGCUUCAUGAAAGAAGGCAACGCUGAAAUGAUCCGCCAGAUCGAAUUCAUCAUCAAGCAGCUUAAUUCAGAAGAGUUCCCAGAUGGUGUUCUUGAAUCUGAUGAUGAUGAAGAUGAAGAUGAUGAGGAGGACCAUGACACCAUGGAAGCCGAUCUGGACAAAGACGAACUGAUCCAGCCCCAGCUCGGAGAACUCUCAGGCGAGAAGCUCCUGACCACGGAGUACUUGGGAAUCAUGACCAACACGGGGAAGACGAGGCGGAAGGGGCCAGCUGGUGUGCAGUGGGGCGGCGACGAGCCCCUGCGCAGGCCCGUCACCCCCAGCGGCCACAGGACUGGGUACCCAGUGCUGGAAGACCAUCCCGUUUCCCCCCAGACAUCCCGACAUGCCAGGAACGGCUGCCUCCAGUCCCCGCCCAAGGCCCACCUUCCAGUCUGCAAGGGCGGCGAGCCUGGUGCUUCGGAGCCUUGCGUUUCGACUUCAUCCUCCAGGGACGCCAAGCCAGAGGAGUGGCUGCCAGGAGGACAUCAGGGAGAGCCUCGCCUGCCCCCCUCCAUGGCCCCCAGCCACCCGAGGGAGGUGCCCUGGGCCCUGCGCAGCAGAGAAGCCACCAGAGAAUUUUCGUCAGCCUUUGCCUGCAAGCCCUGGACCCCCUGUGUCCCGGAGAUCCUGGACCUGAACCUACCCAAGGCCAAGGCGUCAGCCCUGGCCCCUCAGUUCUCCUCACGUGGCCCCCAGCAGGCCAGCAGGCCUAGCUACACUGCGUCCUCCACUGCGUCGUCCUCCACGAGGGGCCUGCAGAGCAGCCAAUCUCUCAGGAAGUGAGGCUGGUUUCUUCCCAGCUCACCGAGCCUCUGCAGGACCAGCCAGCUUCCCGGCUCCGCCCGCCAGCAGCCGCAGAUGACAGAUGUGAAGAGACAGUUAUCUAUGAGCCACUGUAGCUUGGGGAACUGAGGGGAGGACCGCUCUCCAGCCAGCCCAAAAGCAGGUCUCCCACAGCCCCGUGACCCAGGCUCCUUUUCUGCUCCUGGCUCAGCCAGACGAGGAGGGCUGGGAGGUCCUGUCGUUGUCCUUCCCUGAUCGUCCUGCUCACACAGAGGAGAGGUCUUCGCAGGCACACCACUGGGUAGACAGCACGAGUCAGAUCAGCGAGCAGGUCCACCUCGGAGCUUGUGUGGAGGCGCCUGGGACCCAGCUGGAGCCAGGCCGUGGCCUUGGCAGAAACUGGCUGUCCUCACCCGGACCAACUACAAGGAAACAGCAGCGAUUUAGACACAGAGAAAUUCAUUCCCAAGCCAUAUGCCUGACCAGCAGACUUGAUAUUCUCCUCCUCUUCUAAAACCUGGUAAGAAUAGGUUUGUUCCCAUCUGGGAUUCGGAAGGUGGCUGAUCCAGAGCAGCCCUGCGCUUCUGCACACGUCGUUUGAAGGCUCCAAGGGUUGGCCAGUUGGCCUGUCUCCUUACCUCUAAGACCAGAACCACAAACGGUUCCACUAGCAAAGUGACAGGUUCCCGCCGGGAAGGCCCUGUGACAUCAGAGCUCACAUAUUAGGACAAAGGAAGGAAAUUCCCCUGCAGAGCCAGCAAGGCCGGGUAUGGGAAAUGGUACCCAAGCUAAGAGCAGGGUCUGACCUCUCCUAAAAUAGAAAUAUUGAAAUAAAUUUGUCAGUAGUUAGA